AUGUCGGCACACCAAGGCUCGUUCCAACCCCCAAAGGCAGCUCAAACCCACGCUCAGCCAGGUUAUGAGCAUAAAUUAGAACCGACCAGCGAAUCGACCAGACUCGAAGGAAAAGAACAGCUACACGAAUACAAAGCCGCCGACAAGUUGAGCGGAUCAAACGCCCUAAUCACCGGAGGAGAUUCAGGAAUUGGAAGAUCAAUUGCCGUAUUAUUCGCCCGAGAAGGCGCCAACGUCACAAUCGUCUACCUACCGGACGAGCAACAAGAUGCCAACGUAACCAAACAAAUGGUAGAGAAAGAAGGCCGCAAGUGCAUCUUAGUAGCCGGCAAUCUCAUGGACAAUGAGACCUGCAAAUCCGCAGUAGAGCAGCAUGUCAAAGAAUUUGGAAAAGUCGACGUGCUAGUCAACAAUGCGUCCGGCCAAGUCCAAUGCGACAACUUUGAAGAGAUUGAUCUCGAUACAGUUGAGAAGACGUUCCGUUCUAAUAUUCUACAAAUGUUUGCCAUUACGAAAUAUGCACUCAAGCAUAUGGAAAAGGGCGGCUCUAUUAUCAAUACCACUUCGACGGUCGCGUUCCGGGGAACAAGUCACUUUGUCGACUAUGCUGCUACAAAGGGUGCCAUCGCCUCGUUCACACAGUCUUUGGCGAAGCAGUUGAUGCCAAAGGGGAUUCGAGUAAACGCCGUGGCGCCUGGGCCGGUUCACACCCCGAUUCAGGCGGCGUCGCGGCCGCCUGAGCAGAUGAAAGAUUUUGGUAAGAAUUCGCAGUUAGGUCGGCCUGGACAGCCAAGCGAAAUCGCACCGAGUUAUGUGUUUUUGGCGUCGAAGGAUGCAGAGUUGUUUUAUGGGCAGGUUUUGCAUGCAUAUCCAUUGGGGGACUAG